CAUCACUGGUCUAUGGAGGAUCUCUUUGACUUAAAAGAUGGAUGCCUCUCUGCUGAACAGAGUGUGAGGAUCCAUCAGCAGAGAACAGAUUCUGGCUUUCUGUCUCUGAAGAGUGACUGCAGGUCUCUGGACAAACCUAUUAAUCUCAAGCAUGGACAACCCUCAUCUUAUCCAAGCUCAGAGCAUCAGAGAACAGACUCUGCUAGACCUGGUCCUGGACCUAGACCUAGACCUGGACCUGGACCGGGUCCUGGACCUGAACCCAGCUCUGUGUCUGUCAAGAGUAACCAUUCCAGGGCCAGCCCUGUUAACUUCAAAGAUGGACAUCACUCUUCUGAUCAGAGCUCACAGCAUCAGCAGAGACCAGACGCUCAUGGACCUGAACCUGACCUUGACUCCAUAUUUAAGCUGCUCGAGGAAAACAUUGUCAGUUUCAUGAAGAACGAGCUGAAGAAAAUCCAAAAAAUUCUGAGUCGAGAUUAUGCAGAAUGCUUAGUGAGUCAGAGCGAGGAUGAGGCUGUGUUGGAUGGUGAAGAUAAAGAGCCAAAGAGGAGCAGCAGAAAGGCAUUACUGGAUAUCACACUGAACUUCCUGAGGAGGAUGGACCAGGAGGAGCUGGCUGACUGUCUGCAGAGCAGAACUAUUGCUCCAGUGUGUCAACAUAAACUAAAAUCUAAACUCAAGAAGAAGUUCCAGUGUCUAUUUGAUGGAGCCGCUAGAGAAAGAAACCCAACCGUUCUGAAUCAAAUCUUCACAGAGCUGUACAUCACAGAGGGAGCAACUGCACAGGUCAAUAAUGAACAUGAGGUCCUACAGAUUGAAACAGCAUCCAGGAAACCAGACAGACAAGCAAUCAGAUGUGAAGACAUCUUUAAAGCCUCACCUGGAAGAACCAGUCAACCAAUCAAAAGAGUGAUGACACAGGGAGUGGCUGGCAUCGGGAAAACAGUCUUAACACAGAAGUUCACUCUGGACUGGGCUGAAGACAAAGCCAACCAGGGCAUACAGUUCACAUUUCCAUUCACUUUCAGAGAGCUGAAUGUGCUGAAAGAGAAAAAGUUCAGCUUGGUGGAACUUGUUCAUCACUUCUUCACUGAAACCAAAGAAGCAGGAAUCUGCAGGUUUGAAGAGUUCCAGGUUGUGUUCAUCUUUGAUGGUCUGGAUGAGUGUCGACUUCCUCUGGACUUCCACAACACUGAGAUCCUGACUGAUGUUACAGAGUCCACCUCAGUGGAUGUGCUGCUGACAAACCUCAUCAGGGGGAAACUGCUUCCCUCUGCUCACCUCUGGAUAACCACACGACCUGCAGCAGCCAAUCAGAUCCCUCCUGAAUGUGUUGACAUGGUGACAGAGGUCAGAGGGUUCACUGACCCACAGAAGGAGGAGUACUUCAGGAAGAGAUUCAGAGAUGAGGAGCAGGCCAGCAGAAUCAUCUCCCACAUCAAGAAAUCACGAAGCCUCCAUAUCAUGUGCCACAUCCCGGUCUUCUGCUGGAUCACUGCUACAGUUUUGGAGGACAUGUUUAAAACCAAAGAGGGAGGAGAGCUGCCAAAGACCCUGACUCAGAUGUACAUCCACUUCCUGGUGGUUCAGGCCAAAGUAAUGAAUGUCAAGUUUGGUGGAGGAGCCAUGAGAGAUUCUCACUGGACUCCAGAGAGCAGGAUGAUGAUUGAGUCUCUGGGGAAACUGGCCUUUGACCAGCUGCAGAAAGGAAACCUGAUCUUCUAUGAAUCAGACCUAACAGAUUUUGGCAUCAACAUCACAGCAGCCGCAGUGUACUCAGGAGUGUUCACACAAAUCUUUAAAGAGGAGAGUGGACUGUACCAGGACAAGGUGUUCUGCUUCGUCCAUCUGAGUGUUCAGGAGUUUCUGGCUGCUCUUCAUGUCCAUCUGACAUUCAUCAACUCUGGAGUCAAUCUGCUGGCAGAGGAACUAACAACCUCCCAGUGGUCUAUUUUCUUAAAAACCAAAUCACAAUUAACACACUUUCAUCAGAGCGCUGUGAACAAGGCCUUACAGAGUCCAAGUGGACACUUGGACUUGUUCCUCCGCUUCCUCCUGGGUCUUUCAGAACAGACCAGUCAGAAUCUCCUACGAGGUCUGCUGACAGAGACAAAGACCAAUCAGGAAACAGUGCUGUACAUCAAGAAGAAGAUCAAUGAGAAUCUGUCUCCAGAGAGAAGCAUCAAUCUGUUCCACUGUCUGAAUGAACUGAAUGAUGGUUCUCUAGUGGAGGAGAUCCAACAGUACCUGAGUUCAGGAAGUCUCUCCACUGGUAACCUCUCUCCUGCUCAGUGGUCAGCUCUAGUCUUCAUCUUACUGUCAUCAGAAAAAGAUCUAGAUGUGUUUGACCUGAAGAAAUACUCUGCUUCAGAGGAAGCUCUUCUGAAGCUGCUGCCAGUGGUCAAAGCCUCCAAAAAAGCUCUGCUGACCUCUUGUUACAUCUCAGAGAGAAGCUGUGAAGCUCUGUCCUCAGUUCUCAGCUCCUUGUCCUCUAAUCUAAGAAAGCUGGACCUGAGUAACAACAAACUGCAGGAUUCAGGAGUGAAGCUGCUGUCAUUGGGACUGAAGAGUCCAAACUGUAAACUGGAAUCUCUCAGAUUGGCUGACUGUAAUCUAUCCAAGAAAAGCUGUGAAGCACUGUCUGCAUUUCUCAGUACCCAGUCCUCUAGUCUGAGAGUGCUGGACCUGAUGAACAAUGACCUGCAGGAUUCAGGAGUGAAGCUGCUGUCAUCUGGACUAAAAAGUCCACACUGUAGACUUGUAUCUCUCAGACUGUCGGGCUGUCUGAUCACAUUGGAAGGCUGUGUCUCCCUUGCCUCAGCACUGAGUUUCAACCCCUUCCAUUUGAGGGAGUUGGAUCUGACCUACAAUCAUCCAGGAGACUCAGGAGUGAAGGAGCUGUCUGUCAGACUAGAGGAUUCGCAGUGCAGACUGGACACCCUCAGGCUGGAACAUGGUGGAGAGCAGAGACUGAAACCUGGUCUGAAGAAGUAUUUCUGUGAACUCACAUUUGACACAAACACAGUGAACAAAGACCUCAAACUGUCUGACAACCAGAAAGUGACAUAUAUGAAAGAGAAGCAGCCAUAUCCUGACCAUCCAGAGAGAUUUGACUCCUGGCCUCAGCUGCUGUGUAGAACUGGUCUGACUGGUCGCUGUUACUGGGAGGUCGAGUGGAGAGGAGAGGUUCGUGUAGCAGUGACUUACAGAGGAAUCAGAAGGAAAGGAGUAAGUGAUGACUGCAGGCUUGGAGGGAACGAUCAGUCUUGGAGUCUGUUCUGCUCUCACCAGGCUUACACUGUCUGUCACAAUAAGAAAAGACAAGUCCCUCACUCCUCCUCCGCCCCCUCUGGUAGAGUAGCAGUGUAUGUGGACUGUCCUGCUGGCACUCUGUCCUUCUACAGAGUCUCUGACUCACUGAUCCACCUCCACACCUUCAACACCACAUUCACUGAACCUCUCUAUCCUGGGUUUGGGUUCAGGACAUCUGAUUCCUCAGUGUCUCUGUGUUCUCUGUAGGAGGGAGACAACUUCCAUUUGUGUGGUUCAAAUGUUGGUGGUAGACAGUGUUUCUUAGGAAUGGUGAAAUGAUCUCUUCAGACCUGAACUUGUGAAACAAACUGUAUUGACUUUGAUAUUAAUUUUAGGAAUGAUUUCAGUGAGCAGCAUUUAGUAGAGUACUAAAGGCUGAACUUCGUUGACAUUUAGUUCAAUAAAGGUGCGAAGACAACAGAGGUGAUGCACGUGAGUUCCACAAACAUAUACAUUUUUCAAUGUUAUUAUUUUAGUUUGAAAAAAUACUGACUGUUUUGGAGAUCUCACUAAGUGAUAGUGCUAACAUAGGCUACAGAAAGUUAACUUAAUAGGUAGUAGAACAAAUAACUGUGAGUAUCCUUAAACAUCAACUGGCAGCAUCUAAAAACUGUCCAUUCGAAGAUUGUUGGAUGAGAGUUUAAAAUCUGAUGCUGGGAGACAUUUUUUUCUUUUAUAUUCUAAACCCAAACCCUUAUAUUCCAGUUUUGUAUUUUACUCCUCUGCAAGUCAAAGAAUAAAA